UAAACUUUCAUUGAAACAGAACUCAUUGCAGUUUAAUACCGUAAAAUACCGUAUUAUUGUUUUAAUAUUUAGCACGUGCGUGGGCCUGACGGUGAAAUGUACUCACGAGCUCCACGAGUGACUUUUGUGACGCGCAGCAGCACGUCUCCUGCUGUUGGCCCUGGGACCUACGACGUCUCACAGUUUCACUUUCCAAUGUCAGACGGCUUCGCUCCGUUCCUGUCCAUGACCAGCAGAGAGACUCCAGCCCCACAGCCCGACAGUCUGAGCCUCCCCGGGCCCGGACAGUACGACUACUCCCCCGUGAAGGUGAACAUCCACGGAGGCAGAAGUUUGCAGAACCGCUCUGAGCGUUUUGUGGAGCCGGCGUCUGACGUGCCCGGUCCAGGCUCGUACCAGGUCGUACCCGUCCUGGGGCAGAGGAGGAGCGAGGGGCGGAGCAAACAGUCACCGCGCAAAGGGACUAAGACUCUGAGCGUCUCUGGGCUCCCUGACGUUCCCUCCAUCCCGUCUCCGGGUCAGGCCUUUGGGUACGAGGAGGACGGAGAGGGGGGUCUCCUCCGGCAGCACCCCCCUCCACGAGACAGAACCCUGGGGCCCGCCUACUACAACACCCUGGAGACAGAAGAGCCGUCCUCUCAGAAGUACAGAGGCGUCCAUUUUGGGAACAGGAUGGGGAGGAGGAGGGACGAGGUGGGGGACGACCUGCCAGGCCCUGGACACUACUACCCCGAACUUGUGCAAGAGACUCAGUACGAGAACGUGAACCUGAAGAGGGAGCAGAGGGUCCGCGCCGAGCUCCUCAUCCCACGAUACCACGAACUUGUACCUCUACAGGAACACAAGAAGGGCGUUCCGGGGCCGGGUCACUACGACAUCCGUGGUCAGUUUCAGAGGUCCAUGAGGUCUUCUGCAAAGUCCUGUCCCUUCAUCUUCCAGGCUCAGAGGUUCAGUCCUGUGAGGGAGGUGGCGCCCCCUGUUGGAGCCUACGAUGACCCACGCACUGCUCUGGAGCUGCUGAAGAAGUCCAGCUCCUCCAAGAAGAAGAGUCCAUUCUGCAGCACGGCGGCUCGCUUCAGCCCCGAGUACAGGGGGACGUCUGUGCCAGGUCCAGGCUCGUACGAUGUGUUCGAUCACGGCGUGGCCCGGGACUGUUUUAAAAAGGCUUAUUUGGACCGGACCAAAGGGGGCUUCGGCUCCAGCUCCCAGCGCUGCAUCGUCUUCAGCACACGGAGCACGGGGCCCAGUCCAGGACAGUACCAGGCCGAGAGAAGGAGCGAGGAGCCCUACAAGAAACAGAACACAGCGGCCUUUAAAUCAGCCACAGAGCGCCUGGUGUUACCGCUGCAGGCUACAGACACUCCGUCUCCUAACGCCUACCGCCUGGAGAAGUCUCAGUCUUUCUCUGAGCCUCGGAGUGAAGACGCCCGGAAACGCCAGCGCAGCUUCCUGUCCACGGCCCCGCGAGAAAACCUCUUCCUCCCCGCAGACCCGGACACCCCAGGUCCAGGUCAGUACAGCCCCAGACUGACGGCUCUCCCUCACAAGUCCCUCAUCGUGUCCAAAGAGCAGAGGUUCAAAGUCCCUGUCAGCUCUGUGCCAGGCCCCGGGACCUACCAGCUGAGUCCAGGUCUGCUCCACACCGUCCUGAAGGGCACCUUUAACGUCACCCUCAACAACCCCCUGAACGCCGGCGCGGGCCCCGUGAACGAGCCCGGCGCCAAACAGAGCAGCCGCGCCACGCCCGGCUCCACGAACGCCUGCGUGCUCCCCGGGUCCAGACCUGCGAUCACACAGAUAAACCAGGCCCCGCCCAACACCGGGGCCACGCCUCCUCCCAGCGCCGUCUAG